UUCUCAGAUUCUGAAGAUUCCAAUGGUUCUGAUGCCUCCAAAGAUUUUGAAGAGUCAGAUGAUGAGAUUCCUAUACAAAAACAGAAAACCAAAAAGAGAAACAGAGGAGACGACGAUGGAUCAAAAGAUUUUUCAAAUGCAAUAACCAAUAUAUUGAACUCCAAAUUAAAAUCUUACGAUAGAAAAGAUCCCAUGUUGGUCAGAGCUAAAAAGAGUUUGAAGAAGUUUGAAGAGGACAAAUUGGAAUCAAAGGCAAAAAGAUUGCUUUCAAUAGAGAAAAAGAGUCUAAUGGACCAAAACCGUAUCAGGCACAUAUUGCCCAGUGCAGGCGAUACAAACAUCAGAGAGUAUUUUGAAAGAGAAAGGGCCUUUAAGAAAGUUGCUCAAAGAGGUGUGAUAAAAUUGUUCAACGCCAUUCUAUCAACGCAAACCCAGACCAACACUUCGGUCAGCAACAACCUCGAGAAACAAAAGAAAAAGGGGUUUUCGAUCAAUGCUCAGAAGAAGGAGGAGCUUCUCAACGACAUAUCAAAGUCCAAGUUCCUUGAUUUGGUUAAAGCUGCUGGC